AUGGAGGUCCUCAAGACCGAUAUCUACGCCCGGAGCGGUGUUUGGGACCUCGAUAAAACGCAAAUGAUUCCAUUUCUCCUCCUUCAACCCUCGCAUCUGGGAACGUCAGCAUUCACCAUGAAGUCCACCGCCAUCAUCCAGCAGGGCAAGUCCCUCGUUCUUGGGGAAGCAGAAUUGCCGCCUUUGAAAGAACAUCAAGUCUACGUCAAGGUUGAAUAUGCCGCAUUCAACCCCACCGAUCGACUUGCGCUCGAUGUUAAUGCCUUUGGGGAUGGGGCUGUUCUGGGCUGUGACUUUGCCGGCACGGUAGUCGAAGCCCACCCGAGCGUGACCAAGAUUCAGAAUGGCGAUCGGAUUGCAGGCUACAUUUGGGGUGGCGAGAUCAAGGGACUAGGCGCCUAUUCUGAUUACACCAUCGCGGACGAGCGGCUAUCCUUCAAGAUCCCGGGCAGCAUCAGUGCUCCUCAAGCGUCUUCAGUCCCCUUGGCAGCCAACACGGCAUGGCUUGCUCUGUUCUCCGAGGAUUGCCUUGCACUCAGUCGGGACAGCUUGGUCAAGAAGACGCCUCUGCUAGUUUGGGGUGGAAGUUCUGCUGUGGGAAUAUUCGCUAUCCAGAUGGCCAAACUUCAUGGUAUUGAAGUUGUCACAACAUGCAGCCCCAAGAAGUUUGAACUGGCCAAGAAUGCUGGAGCAACCCACGUUUUCGACUACAACGACCCGGAAGUUGCCUCAAAGAUCAAGGCCGCAGUGCCGGAUCUCCAACACGUCUUCGACACCAUCGGAAACACCACCUCGUCUACAACUGCUGCUCAAGCCAUUGGCAAGCCUGGAGGUGUGCUGUGCACGGUCCGACCUGGCAAGGUGAACACAGAAAAUGUUCCCUCCACCGUCAAAGUCACAGAUGUUUUUGUCUUCACGGCAUUCCCAACAGAACACAACUAUCGUGGAAAAGCUCAUUGGCCUGUCAAAAUGGCAGACCACAAACUCAGUUCCGAACUGCAUGGCCAGUUGGAAACCUUGCUUGGGAACGGCCCCUUGAAGCCGAUUCCGAUACGCAUCCUUGGGCAGUUGAGUCCUUCUACUGUCGAAGAAGCGAUGAAGGCGAAUCGAGAAGGCCGCGUUUCACGCGAGAAGCUAGUAUUCGAAGGCUUGUCCAAGCAGAACUAG